AUGAACCUGCUGUCAAACUUUGGUGACGAUCCAACGGUGCAAUCGCCAGGAAUCUGCGAUUUUCUGGGACUGCACAGUGCAGUUGCGGGAAUGAAAAAGGGUAAAGUCAUGAACCUGCUGUCAAAAUUUGGUGACAAUCCAACGGUGCAAUCGCCAGGAAUCUGCGAUUUUCUGGGACUGCACAGUGCAGUUGCGGGAAUGAAAAAGGGUAAGCCUGUGCAUUCGGAACAGGAAAAUAACAAUAGGGGAAUGAAUAGAGGAGGGUCAUUAGAAGUAUCUAUUCCUUCUCAACCUCAAAGGGCCCGAUUUAUUCAGCUAUGGGAGCAAGACAGGGUAAGGCUUCUGUAUCACAAAAUCUGCCCCUUCAGGUCACACACAAAACAGACAGCCGAAAUGUAUUCAAAAUACGAUCUCCACCAUUCAAAAUGA